CACCAAACUAGUUGUAACUACUCAAUCUUGAUAGCAUUUUGCGCCGUCGCCGCCGCCCAUCUUCCUUUUCCUCCCCCUCCUCCUCGCAUUUACACCACAGCACACACACAAACUCACACUCAAAAUGACAGACUCAAAACCCGCCCCCCCAACCAACCCCCGCGGCAUCCCCGCCGCCCCCUUCAUCGACAAUGUAACCGACUACGUCUCCAGCCGCGCCGAAGUCGAACCCACCCUCCGCUCCUUCCAAGAGAUGAUCUCCAAGUACCAAUUCAUGGAGGUCAACACGACGAAGCGCGCGGCGGGCCUGCGCGACAAGAUCCCCGACAUCAAGAAGACCCUGGAGAUGGUGCGGUUCCUGUCCGCGCGGCGAAAGACGGCCGAUCCCGAUGCUCCGCCGCUGGAGACGAAUUUUGAGUUGAAUGAUACCCUCUAUGCCCGCGCCACGGUCUCGCCCCAGGACACGGAGGAGGUGUAUCUCUGGUUGGGGGCCAAUGUGAUGCUGGCGUAUCCGAUUGAGGAGGCUGAGUCCAUGUUGACGGAUAAGCUGGCCGCGGCGGAGAGUAGUCUGCGGAAUUGCGAUGAGGAUUUGGAGUUUUUGAGGGAGCAGAUUACGACCCUCGAAGUGGCUACGGCCAGAGUCUACAACUGGGAUGUCGUGCAGCGACGGAAAGAAAAGGCCGAGGGGAAGGGCGACGAGGAAGACAAGCAAGCAUAAUCAAUUGUAUAACUUUCGGGCCCUGGUUGGUUUUAAUUAUGAUCUAGUCUGGCGUCUUAUAUCAUCGCAUCUCUCUACUUCCGACGACCACAGCAACAAAAGAAGUUCCAAGAAUUCCCCGA